ACAACUUUCCCAUUUGCUCAACUUUGAAAUCGAGAAAUCCCAGUUUUCGAAUUUGUUUGUGCUGCGAUUUGAAAUUCGUGAAACGUCAAAAUUUAAGGAAGAAGAAAUGGCGGGAGGAGCGAAUCAAGCGUGUAUCUUCUGUGAGAUCGUGCACAAUCGCACCUCAACUCGUCUCCUUCACACCGAUGAGAAGGUCAUCGCAUUUCAAGAUAUUAAGCCAUCCGCUCAGAGGCAUUACUUGGUAAUUCCGAAAGAACACAUUCCUACUGUGAAAGACCUUCAGAGAAGAGAUGAAGACUACUCCUUAGUAAAACACAUGCUUAGUGUGGGACAAGAUCUGUUGCAUAAAGAUGCACCUCAAAGCAUUCAUAGAUUUGGUUUUCACCAGCCACCUUUUAACAGUGUUGAUCAUCUCCAUCUCCAUUGUUUUGCAUUACCUUUUGUGCCCAGAUGGAAAGCCAUCAAGUACAAGUCUUUGGGACCUUUGGGUGGAUUUAUUGAAGCAGAGACACUGCUGGAGAAGAUAAGGCCUCUUCUUUCAAAGGUGUAAUUGAACAGACUUACCUAACUGCAUUGUGGUGCUUUGUCUUCGCUAAAAAUUGUGCAAAAUCUCUUUUCUAUUCUUUUGUUUGCAAAUUUGUUAUGAAAUGCCAAAUAUUAUUGAGGAUUUUGUAUAUGAAAGAAGCAUAUGUCAAGUAAUUAUAUGUAAUUUCUGUCACUGUCCAAAAAGUGUAUACAGUGACGGCGAUCUCAUUGUUUCCAUAUUUAAUGAGUAUGAGACGUAUACAUGAAGGAUU